UGCUGGCCCCCGGCCCGCGGGGGGUUGAUCCCGUUCGGGUCUGUGCUUCCCUCCUCCGCUCUGCGCCAGCCGCGGAGCCGGAGCCUGUGCGUGGCUUUGCUCGCCACGGGGCGGACGGAGGAAGAGUGCUCCGAGUCGUCGCUCGGGGAGGAAGGUGAAGAAGUUCCGUCCCGGAGCGGCUGCAGGAGCUGGAGCUCCCGGCCGGGGUCACGGGCUGCGCGCACCCGCGCUGGAGCUCGGGCUGACGGACGGACGGACGGACUGACGGCCCCGCAGGCUGACGGCAGCGGGCGAGCCAUGAAGUUGUGGCUCCCGAGUUGUGUCGCAUCCCGUGGCGUUGCAGAGCGGGGCCGAGCGUGGAGCAGCGGCACGGUGUCUGUGCAGGCAAAGUUGGGGAAGACGUCUGGUCUACUCUGGCGGGGGUGUCUGUGUCCUGGGGCGCGUUCUGAUGCUCGGCUCUCCCCUAGAUCAGCAUGUGCAGCACUGGAGAUCAACACCGGCUUUAGUAAACCAUGUAAUGGAGGCGGUUCUGGAUCUCUGAAGGGGCUCAGAGGAUCUGCAGUAGGGAGCGUUGUCUGGUGGUGGAUGUGGGCUUUAAAACAGUGUGUCUCAACAUCUCAUCCUCAACUAUCAAUUUUUAAUCUGAUUGCACUACAAAAGGAAAGCUGCUAAUGGGAUAAAUGUUGAGACUUUACAAGAACUGACUUGAAGUACCGAAAGCCAUUAUUAUUAAUCAGGAAGAGCUUGAAGCUAAGUCUAUAUCUGACCGGUCAGCAUCAUUUUCGCAGAACAGGCAUGGCAAGUAAAAGAAAAUCAACAACACCAUGCAUGGUCUUAGCCAACGAGCAGGAUCCGGAUCUAGAACUGGUAUCAGACUUGGAGGAAGGACCACCUGUACUCACGCCAGCAGAUAACCCGACAGCAGAGAGCGUAACGAGUGAUGAGGAUGCCCAUGAGUGUGUGGAUUCAGACAAUCAGAAAAAUACAAGUAAAGUUGAAGGUGGUUAUGAGUGUAAAUACUGUACUUUUCAGACUCCAGAUCUCAAUAUGUUUACUUUUCAUGUGGAUUCAGAACAUCCCAACGUAGUAUUAAAUUCAUCCUACGUUUGUGUAGAAUGCAAUUUCCUUACCAAAAGAUACGAUGCUCUCUCGGAACAUAAUUUAAAGUACCACCCUGGAGAGGAGAAUUUUAAAUUGACCAUGGUGAAACGUAAUAAUCAGACAAUCUUUGAACAAACAGUAAACGAUCUCACUUUCGAUGGGAGUUUUGUUAGGGAAGAAAACGCUGAACAGGCUGACUCUGCUGAGGUCCCCUCAUCAGGGAUCUCAAUUAGCAAAACUCCUAUUAUGAAAAUGAUGAAAAACAAAACAGAGACUAAACGUAUUGCUGUUUUCCACAAUGUAGCUGAUGACAUUCCUGGUGAAGAAAAGGGAACUGAAAAUGAGCCAAACUCUGAAGAAGCAGUAGAAAACCCACCACCGGCAGUUUCUGAGUCAAAAGGAAGCCAUUCGAUCGUUGGCAGUGCAGCAGAUGUGGCCAGUGCAGUGGUGACUCCAGCACCAGUGCUUCAGCCUGGGGUGGCACAGGUCAUAACAGCUGUUACAGCUCCACAGAACUCAAACCUGAUUCCAAAAGUCCUAAUACCUGUAAAUAGCAUUCCAGCCUAUAAUACUGCUUUGGAUAACAAUCCUCUUUUGCUUAACACCUACAACAAAUUCCCAUAUCCAACCAUGUCGGAAAUCACUGUUCUUUCCACUCAAGCUAAGUAUACAGAGGAACAGAUUAAAAUAUGGUUUUCUGCCCAGCGUCUGAAGCAUGGUGUGAGCUGGACGCCAGAGGAAGUGGAGGAAGCAAGGAGGAAACAAUUUAAUGGCACAGUGCAUACUGUGCCACAGACAAUUACUGUUAUUCCAGCACACAUUUCCGCCACUAGCAAUGGUUUACCUUCAAUUUUACAGACAUGCCAAAUAGUUGGUCAGCCAGGACUAGUUCUCACUCAAGUUGCAGGUGCAAAUACGUUACCAGUAACAGCCCCAAUAGCUUUGACUGUAGCGGGAGUCCCAAAUCAAACACAGUUACAGAAGAGUCAGAUUCACACUGCUCAGCCUAUUGCAGAAACCAAACAAGUAGCGGCCGUUCCAGCCCCUCAGCCUAUCAAAAAUGAAUCUGCCCUGAUGAAUCCUGACUCCUUUGGCAUCCGAGCAAAGAAAACAAAGGAGCAGCUGGCAGAACUGAAAGUCAGCUACCUUAAAAAUCAGUUUCCUCAAGAUUCAGAAAUCUUUAGGCUUAUGAAAAUAACGGGCCUGACUAAAGGAGAGAUCAAAAAGUGGUUCAGUGAUACACGCUACAAUCAGAGGAACUCCAAGAAUAAUCAUGGGAUUCAUCUCAACAGUGAUUCAUGUGCCACCAUUGUUAUUGAUUCAAGCGAUGAAAUGAACGAGUCCCCGACGGGAGCCACUCCACAAAACAAGUCAUCAUGGAGUGCUUUCCCUGAUUUCACCCCACAGAAAUUCAAAGAGAAGACUGCUGAGCAGCUGCAAGUCCUCCAGGCAAGUUUCCUUAAUAACCCCAUCCUUACCGAUGAGGAGAUGAAUAGAUUAAGAGCCCAAACCAAACUCACCAGAAGAGAGAUUGAUGCCUGGUUUAUAGAGAAAAGGAAAUCAAAGGUCUUGAAGGAAGAAGGAGCUGACUUGAAUGAGAGCAAUGCUGGCAGCUCAAAAGAAGAGGCUGGAGAAACAUCUGUGGGAGAUGGAGCAGCGGGAACGAAAUCAGGGGGUUCCACUUCAAGCAAAAUAGGCAAAAAAUCACCAGAGCAGUUGCACAUGCUCAAAAGUUCCUUUGUCCGUACUCAGUGGCCAUCUCCACAGGAAUACAACAAGCUGGCAGAAGAAACUGGACUGCCAAGAUCAGAAAUCGUGAGCUGGUUUGGAGAUACUCGCUAUGCCUGGAAAAAUGGUGGAUUGAAAUGGUAUUAUUAUUACCAGAGCGCCAAUUCAAACAGUCUGAAUGGCCAGGGCUUUGCGAGGAAGAGAGGGAGAGGAAGACCAAAAGGGAGGGGGAGAGGCAGGCCUCGGGGGAGGCCUCGGGGAAGCAAGAGGUUAAACUGCUGGGACAGAGGUGUGUCUGUCAUAAAGUUCAAAACUGGAACAGCAAUCCUGAAGGACUACUACAUGAAGCACAAAUUCCUUAAUGAGCAAGACCUUGAUGAACUGGUAGCCAAAUCGCACAUGGGAUAUGAGCAGGUCAGAGAGUGGUUUGCAGAAAGGCAGAGAAGAUUAGAACUUGGAAUAGAGCUGUUUGAUGAGAAUGAGGAGGAAGAUGAAAUGUUGGAAGAGCAGGAAGAUGAGGAAGAAACGGAUGAUAGUGAUACUUGGGAACCCCCCCGACAUGUUAAGCGUAAACUUUCAAAGUCAGAUUGAUGUGCAAUUUGGGAUUUGGGGCCAAAAACCUAUUAAUGGGUUUUAUGUUAUGAAGAGCCAAAUGAUUUCUUCAUGGCCUUCAGUUUAGCAAGCACUUGCUUAGCAUCUUCCUUCCACCUAAAAGAACCUGAGCAAGAUGCAACCUGCAAGGUGCAACCUGCAAGCAGGCGACAACUAUUUGCUUCCUUGCUACAAGAGGUGGACAUCCUCAGGCCUAGCCUAGGACACAGGAUUACAAAUCGGAUCCAGUUCAGCUCUUCCUCUUCCACGUUACUGAUGGGAAGGUUCAUGUUCAUUAUUCACCUGACUGCUUCUCAAUAUUUAAUUGCCUUAUGUUGUUUAAUUCCAAAACCACCACAGACUCAUUUUUUUGUUGCUGUAGGAGAACAUUGCUCACGAAGGAGGAACAUACAAAAACCUAAGAUGUCUUUUUGCAAACAUCGCUUCACCUGAAAGGUUUCAAGGCCUGGGUUUAUUUCUUAAGGAAAGAGUUCAAAACAAAAGAGAAGGGGAAAAGUAUGACAAAGGAAUCAAUGAACCUAGGGCUGCCCAGAGUGGUGAAGGGGAAGCAAUUCUUGAAAGAGUUCAAGAGAACUGGUUAACUGUGAAUGGGCCUAAUCUUUCGUGAAACCAAGAACAUUUUUGGACACACACAGGACUUGAAUACUCAAAAGGAUUGGAACUUAGUGUUGUGCCAAAGUUAAACUACUGCAGUUGGCAGAAGUUCUGCACUGUAAAUAGAAGACUGAUUAAGAGACAGCUUGUAAAAAAACACAAAAAAUCAGAUUUUAAUACAGUACAUUUUUAUUCUGACACGAUGGAAACAGUUUGGUUUAGACCUUUUUUGAAGAGGCUUCAGUGACCACUAGAUUUUGUCCUCUUAUAUUUUGGUUGGCCUAGUACUAUAUGUUCUAGUAAGAUGGGCUUUACUGCCUGUGUUCUUUGAUAUGUGAUUAAGCUUAUAGCUUUGAGUGACCAAACAUUUUACAGAGUAAAAGUUCUUAGAAACAAUAUAUAACGUAACUGAUAUUUUCUGUGUCUUAUUUAUCAGGCUCUGCACAAACUUGGGAAGUUGUGCUGGACUUGUACAACUCCUGUAUGGGAACGCAGCAUACUUCUGGAUGUUACCCCCGUAAGCCUUGGUGGCACUACGGAGCUUGUCUUUGGAUUUAUUUUUGUUAUGUUUUUUGAGGCAAAGAGACGAUGGAUGCUGCUGUAAGAUAUUUGUAGUAUUCCCAUUAUUGCUUUCUGUAGCAAUUACUGCUUUUGCUUCAACAGAUAAAGAGAAUAAAUCAGAGAGAGGAAAAUCCUGGAAGACGCUGGGAGAAGAAAAGGAUCAUGUGGGAACUGCUGAAAAUAAACUUUGUACCAAAAAUCUGAAAACAGAAGUAAUAGAAUAACUGUCUCCUUACUGAGCGCGUGUGGGUUUAAGAGGUGGUGUGGAAACCAGCAACGUGUCUGUAUGAAGCUGGCACAAAUCACGUCUUCUCAAAUGCCUUUUUUUUGUCCCUGUUACACAAAACUGAAUCUCACCAAUUCCUCAGAUGUGUUGAAUUUGGAGAACUGGCUUUUGGCUGAGCAGCCAGCGUGAGGUCAGCCUCACGUGCGUGUCAGUACAGCUGCUUGUUGCUGCACUGUUCUGCUGCGUCAGCAGGCCAGGGAUGCUCACAUGGUUAUUCCCAUUAAGGCAGAUGCUCUUUAUUACUGCAUUUAAAGUACUCGGGGUGGGAAGGGUAGGGGCGAGUGGGAGCCAGCUCUCCAUUUCAGCCCUGUCAGUGGGACAUUAUGCUGUGUGGUUGCUUUUAACAUGUGCCUUCUCAGAGGAGAAGGCUUUGAGAUGAGCACUUUCUGGUGAGCUCGACUAGCUGUCGCUCACACAAGCUCCCUGCUGUCUUGAAUCAGGGUGACCCAUCCCACCGACUGCUUCAGCUGUUGUGCUGCAACAGGAGGGGCUCAAGACCCAGUCUUUCCCUCAGGCAUUGUGCCUCCAGCCCUAUCCCCAUCUGAAAACGGUGUUUAUGGCGAUAAAAUCACUCCUGUGCUGUACCUUAUGUCAGUCCCGAGAAACCACAUCCCUGGCUGAAGUAAUGACCUAUGCACAGGCCUGGAGAUGAGCGCCAGUCCUCAGUACAGCUUGGUGGCUGGCCAAAUAGUUCUACUUGGUUCAGUGAAAAAAGGGGGAGGGAGAGAAGGAAUGCUUACCCAAGAAUCCGUCAGCUAAUGAGGGAGUUAUGGAGAGCCCUGGAUUAUGCACAGUCACCUUUUUCAAGCAGUUACCUUUUUUGUUUACAGUGGUAGCAGUGAUUCCAAAAUGCUGCAAUUCAGUCACUAUUUCACAAGGGACCAGCUGGCCUUGUGGGUUGUUUCCCCUCUCCCAGCCUCCUCUUCCCAGCCCCUUCCCUCUUCCAUUUGUUUUCACUACAAUAUUGUCAACUACUAUAUUUAGGAAUUUAAAAUACCAAGUCACUUUGUGCACUGCCUUAUUUUUCCUUUUACACCAAAACAUCUCCUUCAGAAGGAUGUUCAGUUGCUCCCUGGAGACUCGGCAUUGCUUUGGGUGCCAGUGGUGGUCUUUAGCCUGUCAAAUGGUGGUUUCUGACAUUUUUGGUGGGUCAAUGACUUGUUGCACUUCAGAUGCUGUAAAAGAAAACCUUUGAAUAUAUUUAUAUGUUUCUACCGCUAUCAUGUUGAACUAUGAGCAUUGUGACUAAUGCAUCUCCCAUGUGUGUUUCUUUACAGGCUCAGCGCUGAGCCGACGUUCAUUAACUUAAAGUAUUUAUUUGGUAGAAGAAAGACGAGGGAAAAGGGGAAUGAAAGUGUGUGUCACACCUAGGUGAUUUGUGUCUUUGGGUGAAAAUAAAGGUCAGUGCUGGCA